CACAGCCCCGAGAUGUGGUGCCUCCUUAUGCUGCUGUGCGUCCAAGGAAUUGCCUUUUCAGCAGGAUUCCCCUAUACUCUGAACUCAGAGGAAAUCCAGAAAAGGAAGCCUCAUGACCCUGAAUGCUUCAUGAACGUUAGUGAAAUUAUCAGACAUCAUGGGUACCCCAGUGAGGAGUACGAAGUUACGACUGAGGAUGGAUACAUUCUUCGUGUUUUCAGAAUUCCUGGUGGGAGGAACAGUCGGAAUACAGGGAAAAAGACUGUAGUCUUUCUACACCACGGUAUUGUAGGAGAUUCUAUUCACUGGAUUUCUAAUCAGCCCAACAACAGCCUGGCAUUUAUCCUAGCAGAUGCUGGCUAUGACGUCUGGAUGGGAAACAGCCGAGGGAACACUUGGUCUUUAAAACACAAAACCCUUAAACUGUGCCAGAAAGAGUUCUGGCAGUUCAGCUUUGAUGAGAUAGGUAAAUACGAUCUUCCAGCAGAGCUGUACUUCGCCAUGAAUAAAACUGGACAGAAGCAAAUAUAUUACGUUGGCCACUCAGAGGCUUCAACGGCAGGCUUCAUAGCAUUUUCUACUUAUCCUGAGUUGGCUCAAAGGAUCAAAGUGUUCUUUGCUUUAGGACCAGUGGUCACAAUUACACAUGCUUCCAGUGCUCUGAUAAUACUUACACGAAUUCCUCAACCAUUUCUCAGGUUAACACUUGGCUGCAAAGGAAUCUUUCACCAGAAUGAACUGCUGAAAAGGCCUCUGAUAUUGAUUUGUAGAUAUUGGGGAAAAGCCUGUGAAAGUAUCCUCUCUUACAUAGCUGGGGGCAGGACAGGAAAUCUGAACACGAGUCGAAUAGAUGCAUAUGUAGCUCAUUCCCCAGCUGGGACAUCAGUUCAGAACAUCAUUCAUUGGAAUCAGCUAAUGCAUGCAGACCGAUUUCAAGCUUAUGACUAUGGUGCUAAGGAAAACACGAAGAAAUACAACCAGUCUACUCCUCCUGUAUACGAGAUAGAGAAGAUGAACACAGCAGUUGCUCUUUGGAGUGGUGGGCGCGACAAGUUUGCAGAUCCAAAAGACAUGGCAAAGCUACUUCCUCGGAUCACUAAGCUCAUUUACUAUGAGGAUCUUCCUGACUGGGGACACCUAGAUUUCAUCUGGGGCCUUGAUGCAACUAAGAAAAUGUACUGGAAAAUCCUUGAACUAAUAAGAAAAAACCCUUAA